AUGAAUAUAUUGAUAUUUGCUCUAAUACUAUGUUCUAUCCAUUGCAUAGAUUUAUGCACAGAAUUUACUACUUUAAAGAAAUGCAUAUCAACAAAAGUAGAUCAAUGUAAGAAUUUAAACUAUAUAAAGGCCGAUGGAUGCCUAUGUUUGGAGAAUGCAUUAGAUCUGAUAAUUAUUUGAUGGGGUGUGAUAACACUUUAAGUGAAAAAUUAUGUGUAAAACAGAUUGGUACAGUGUUGGGUGACUUGGCAUAAUGUAUAUUUGAUGUUAGUUGCCAUGUAAUUUAAAAUAUGGAUGCUGUGCAGUGUGGUGAUAAAAUUACACGAUCUGGAUGUUUAUAAAUCACCAAUUAACAUUGUAAAUGGGAAAAUCAUAAAUGCAAAGAAUUGGACAAUAAAGAUUAUGAUACUUUAUAAAGUAAUUUUAUGGAUAAAGAAUUAAGCAUAUCAGUUUGUCCAUUAAUCACAGGUAUUUGAUUAUAUUUCAUCAAAAUAGGAUAUUUAAUAAUGCAUCACAGUGUUUUAUGGCCUUUGGUAGAUUAUUAACCUGAUAUGAUUGAGGAAUCUGAUAACUUAAUUUUAGAAGAUGAAGGAUAAUAUGUUGAAGAAACUCCAACAUAUUCAACAACAGAAACAUUACAAAAUAAUUAUAUUGACUCAACAGGAAAAUUUAUAUGGUAUGAGUACAAAGUCAGCAAAGUUAGUAGUGCUUCUAAUUGUAAUAUUAAUAUCUAAAUUAGUGAAAAUUAAUGAUCAAACUCGAUAUGGUUGUAUUGCUCUAGAAAUACUAUCAGAUAGUGAUUAUUUAAAAAUUUUUGGUUUAAGAGAUACUAUCAAUGGUGUAAAUCAUAUAUAUUGUAAAUAUUUAACAAAACAUCCAACUGAUCCUUAACUAAGUAUAUUCCUUGAAAAUAAAUGUUAAACUGUUACCUAAGGUUAAUUGAGGGAUAAUAAUUUUAUUGAAUAAAAUAGUAUUACUUGUUAGUAGUUGAGUGGAUAUGUUUGUUAAAGAUUAAUGGUUGACAAAAUCAAAUGCAUGAUUCAUGGAAAUACUGAAUAUGAUUGUGUUCCAUUUGAUGAAACUAAAUAUGAAGCAAACAUUAAUUGCAUAGAUAGAACUGGUUUAGCAACUUAUUAUUAAUGUUUAGAAGGUGAAUUUUGUUUUCUUAAUAUUUAAAAUUCAUCAGGUUUUUGUGAUUUAAGUUGUAGUAGAUCUAGAGACAAUCAAGCUGGUUGUAUUGCUAAUCCAUAAUGUUAUUGGAGUGGUGAAACCAUUAUUUAUCGAAAUAGCCCUAUAAUUAAUUGUUUACCUUAUGAUGGUUGUAGAACUUAUGGUUUGAGUAAAAAAUACUGUAUUAAUAUGGCUUUAUAAUGUUAUUGGAAUGAAGAAAAAUCAAGAUGCGAAGAUAGCAUUGAUGUUGCAUUAAUAUCUUGUGAAGAUGCAAAUACUCUCUUUACUUGCACAGCUAUUACAAGAUAAGAUCAAUAUUGUAUAUGGUAUAAAAAUGAAUGUAUUAAUCUUAAAAAAUAACCUUUACUUUCACAUUUCAAAUCACUUCCGCAAGAUAUUAUGAUGAAUCGAAUUACAUGUGUAUCUAUGGAAUCAGAAUAUUAUUAUUAUGUACCAUAAACUAAAUUGUGUCUUUAAACAAAAUAAAUCACUAUGAAAUGUUUGGAUAAGACACUGGAAACUUAUAAGGAAGAUUUAUUAAAAAUAGAUUUGCCUUGCACAAAUGUUGAAGCUAAGCAUAUAACAAAAUUCUUUUGUCUUAAUUUCUUAAGUUCAUAUACAAGAUGGGAUUAAUAUAAUUAGAAAUGCUUAAAUAUGGCAGAAGUAUAGUUAAAAAAACCAUGUGAUUAAUAAAAACUUGUUAAUCCUAGAGUUUGUAGUCAAUCAAUAUAUGAUGAUGAUCAUUAUUGUUUUUAUGAUGAAAAAACAUUCAAUUGUUAUACAAAAGAAAAAGAAGGACAUGUAUUGAAAUGUUCAGAUAGAGGAUAAGAUAAAUCUUAAUGUACAAAAAUAACAACCUAAGGGUAAUUUUGUUAAUGGAGUUAUGGAAAAUGUAGAACUCUAAUUUAUAGAUAAAUAUUGCCAUAUAAAUGUAAUUCUCUAUUAAAUGUAAAUGGAAAUACUUGUGCCUAUUUUACAAGUGCAGGAAGUUGUCUUUACGAUCCUGAUUAUGCUAGUUGUGCAGUUGGUUAUGGUCCAGAGACAACUUGUAAUACUAAUUUGAAUCCUGAUGGUUGUGAAUAAUCAAGUGCUUCUUGCUAUUAUGAUUAUGUAAGCUAUAAAUGUUUAGAUACAACUCCAGAAAUCCUCAAUAUUAUUAAAUGUGAAGGAUCAAAACUUUCAUAAAAUGCUUGUAAAGAAGUAACCACUCCCGGAUAAGCAUGUGUUUGGGAUAGUACUUGUAAAUUCUAUCCUAAACAAUAUACUGUAACUUGUACAACAUUUGCAACCGCUAAUAAGGAGGUAUGCAAAUAUUUAUAGAGUGAAUUUGUUAAUUAUUUUCUUGAUGGAACAUAUUGUGAAUUAAAAAAUAAUGUAUGUACAGCUACAAGAGAAAGUAUAGAUGGUUGUGGUUCAGAUAGAGAUAUUAAUGUUCAUAGAUGUGUAGCAUAUACUAGUGCUGAAUGUUAUUAUGAUUAAACAUAUAAAUGCACUUAAGUAGAGGAAGGAUAUUACAAAACAGUAUUAUUAAAUACAUUAAAUUGUACAUAAACUAAUUUGAAUCUUUGUGGUAAAAUAACAACCAAAGGUUAAACUUGUUGGGUUGUUGAUAAUAAUUCAAAUCUUAAAUGUUCAUAUUAUUCAUCUAGUAAAACAUAUACUUGUGAACAAAUGAGUGAGUUAAACACUUCUGAUUCUAUUAUUAUAGAAAAUGGUAAAAGAUAAUGGUACAAUAGAAAUAUGUGUUAUUUAGCCACUAAUAGUUGUUAUUUUGAUGUAGUUACAAAUAAAUGUAAUUAAAAUUUAGAUGAAACAUUUAAAUUAAAAUGUGAUCAUCCAGGAUUAAGUAAAGUUUUCUGUCUUACAUAAACAGAAGGUGGAUGCUAUUUUAAUAAUAGAACUUGUGAAUAUAUAAAUUUUAAUAAUUUAUCUAUGGCAUGUGAAGUAAGAAAUAAAUAAGGAUGCAAGAUGGGUGGGUAAAAAUGUUAAUGGAUUAAUAAUAAGUGUUUUACUGUUUAUGAUUCAUAACAAGCAUGUCCACAAUUUUAUAAUGAUUAAUUCUCUUGGAUGAGUUGUGCAAGUCCAAAUGAUAAUAGAUGUUGGGCAUAUUUAGAUUUAUGUACAAAUCAUGAUAUUGUGGAUCUACCUUGUGAAGGUAGUUUAUCAAAACGUACUUGUCAAACACAAAAUCAUUUAUGUAUUUGGUAAAAUAAUAGAUGUUAAGGAUUUAAUCCUAAAAUUCAUACUUGUAAUAAUGCUCCAUCUUUAUAUGAUUGUAUGCAAAAUUACAAUUAAGAUGAAUAUUGUGCUUAUUUAAAUGGAAUAUGUUUCCAAGUUGAUCCAAAAAUGAAUAAUUGUGAUUCAUUUAAUUAAGUAUCAUAUAAUUAUUGUCAAGAAUUCCCUGAAUGUGUUUAUGAUAAAACUAAUUAUAAAUGUCUUAAUUUUAGAGUAAGUGAUUUCUAUGAAUCAAAAUAGUAAGAUACAAGAAAUAAUUCUGGAAUCAAUUGUUAUGAUUUAGACGUAAUAUCAUGUCUAUUUUAAAAAUCUGCUAAUUGUGAACUUUCAUAUGGAUACUGCUCUGAAAUAUAUUGGUCUAAUUUUGAAUCUUGUCCUAAUUAUGAAUUUUAUGAUGAAUAUUAUGAUACUUCUUAUUCAGAAAAUGCUUGCAAAUAAUUUGAGAAUUGUGAAUUUUUAGGAUCUAAAGAUGGUUAAGUUGGUCUUUGCUAUUUAACAGGUGAACCAAUCACUUGUUCAUAAUUAAAUGAAGUAUUUUGUGUUGUAGAAUUUCCUUAUUUAAGAUGCAUGUGGAAUUAUGAUGAAGAUUUUUGUGAAGAUUUACCAGAAGAUAUUAAUUGUGAAACUAUUGUUUAAAAAGUAGUUACUUAAGAAUCUUGUAAAAUAGCCAAUUUAAAUAGCAGUCCAGACAGUAGCUGUUUUUAUGAUUCUAACAAUAAAUAAUGUAAAAUUCUUUACUCAUAAACUAAUUUAUCAUGUGAUGAUGUUGAAAAUUUAUAUAGUGAUGAUCCUAUUUCUAAACAUGUACAUUGUGUUUUUACAAAUGCUGAUUGCUAUAUUAUUCGUAUUACUCCUGAUGAUGAGUAUAAAUGUUCAAAAGUUCAAGAUCUUACUUAAUAGAGUGUCAUGAAUAUUAAACUAUGUACUCAUAAAACUAAUGGAGCUUACAUGUUUAAUUUGUAAACAUACACUUGCGAUGUUGUUAAUGAAUAAACUGAAAUUUUAUCUUGUCGUUUCCUUAGCUUUGAUGCUUGUAUGCAAUUUACAAAUAAGUAUGAUUCAUUUAACUGUGUUUGGGAUGAAGAUUAAUGUAGGGACAUGGUAAAAUCUGAUUAAGAUAUCAUUGAAUGUAGUAAUCGUAAUAAAUUUACUUGCUUUUAAAGUAAUACUAAAUAAUGCAUUUAUGAGAAUAAUCUAUGUUAAAAUUACGUUCAUUCAGAUAAUAAUACUUGUGAUGAUGUAUUAUAAGCUAAGUUUGUAUCACCAAUGGUUUGCCAGGCCAAUGGUUGCUUAUCUGAUGGCUAACACUGCUUUUCUAUCACUAAUGAACCUGAUUCAUAUUACAAAUGCUCAUUUAUGGGACUUAAUUAUGAUUAAUGUAUAAAUAAAACAUCCUAUCUUAAUUGUUAUUGGAAUGGUGAAUUUUGUGAGAAUGCCAAUUUAUAUACUUUAAAUUGCGAAGACGAUGUUAGUAAAUAAACUUGUACAGCAAUAAAAACUCCAGGAUAAUAUUGUUCAUGGACUGAUGAUAAAGGUUGUUUCAACUUAGAACUAGAAUUAGAUUGUCGUUCUUAUGAUAAUUAAUUUAAUGGAUGUAUUUAAUAAGAAACAAAAAGUUGUUAUUAUGAUUUUAGAUAUAAUUAAUGUAGAGAAGCUGCUUAAAUUUAUGAAGCUUGUUAUGAGGGAUUAAGUAAGAAAGCAUGCAAAGAGAUUACAAAUGAAGUUUGUACAAUGUAGAAUGGACAAUGUUCAAGAAUGAGUUCUACUUUUUAUACUUGCAGGGCUAUUUAUAAUAAGUUUGGAUGUUAUUAUAUGGAUUUGAGUUGUAUUUGGGAUGAUGAAGAAGGUUGUCUUCCAUUUACAGAGAAACUUCCCUGUAAUGAAUUGCCAAAAGGAUCAAAUAGAUUCACUUGUAAAAAUAAUGCUAUUUCAAUAAGUGGAGUUGAUGAUUGUGUUGAAUGUAAUUGUGCAUUUGAUGAUGCAACUCUUUCAUGUACAUAUAGAUUAUCAGGAAUAAACAUUUAAAACUUUGAAAAUAUUGAUUAAUCUAAUUACACAUAGAUAAGACUAACAGGAUUUUGUUAAGAAAUGAAGGAUUAUUUAGAAUGUAUAUAAAAUCAGAAUGAUUCAUGUAAGUGGAUUAAUGAUAAAUGCAUAAACUCAGAUUAUAAGGGUUGUGAAUCUUAAAGUAUGAAGGCAUGUUUAGCUAUUGAAAGUGAGCUUUGUUCUUGGCGAGAUUAUUCUUGUGUUCCUUGGAAUUAAAAUAAAUUUGAAAUAGCAUUAGUAACUAAAAAUGUUUGUAAAUAAUUGGACUAAUCAUUAAACUCAAAAUAUGAUGAGAUCACAAAAUCAUGUAUUCCUACAAACUACGAAUUGGAUGAUUGUAACAUUGUAAGUGUAUCAAAAAUAACUUGUCUUUCUAUUUUAAAUCAUCCUUGCAUAUAUCAAGAUGAAAUUUGUUAGUUUUACUCAUUUAAAAAACAACUACCAAAAUGUUCAGAUUAUUAAAGCAUAACUUAUAGAAUCUGUUAAUAAUUGACUCAUAUAGCUUGUAAAUUUAAAUCAGAAACAUUUUAAUGUACGAAUAUAGAGAAAACAGAUGGUUGUUUAACUCUAGGAUUAUCUUAGAAAGGUUGCGCUGCAAUAUCUACAGAAGCCUGUUUUUGGGAUGGAUUAUAAUGCAAAUAAUUUAUAGCAAUGAAUCAUAUAAAUUAAUGUGAUUCAAAGACUAUAAUGAAUAAUUUGGCUUGCAGUUAAAUAGAUCAUUUAAAUAUGCCUUGUUCAUAUAAUUCAUUUAAACAAGUCUGUACAAAUAAAUUUAAUAGACAAAGCAAAUGUGAGACACCAGGUUUGAAUAAGAGUGCUUGUCUUUAAUUGGAAAAUGAAGCAUGUUAAUAUAUUAAUAAUAGAUGCUAAAAGUUUGUGAAUGGAAAUUAUAAAUGUUAUCAACUUCAAGAAGUUAAUAGUAAAGUUUGCUAAAUUUUAGAGACAGAUACUUGUGCUUAUGAUGUCACAACUCAUUCUUGUUAUUCAAUUCUAAAUUUCCUAUCUUGUAGUUCAAUUGGUGUAAACAUAAAUUCAUGUUCAAUUCUGAGCAAUUGUGUUUGGAAUAAUGAUGAUAAGAAAUGUCAAUGUAAUCAAAUAGCAGUUAAAGAUGUUUGUUAUUCAUUGACAAAAGAUUCCUGCAUUCAAAAUUCUAAUACUUGUCAUUACACUUAAGGAUAAUGUAAUAAAAAGAGAUGUUCAGAUUAUAAUAUUAGUUAGUGUCAAGGAACAGUAAAUAAUGAGACAUGUUAUAUUAAUUAAGACAAUGAAUGUUAAGGAGCUAAACAAUGUGAGGAUAUUGUUUAUUUAUCAUAAUAGUAGACUUGCAAUCAAUUCAAUUUCUCAGGUAGUGUUUGCAUUAGUAUAAAUAACUAUUGUGUUAGUGCUACUAAUCUAGAAGAAUUAUGUAUUAAUAGUGAUUGUUCUAUGAACUCAUGUAUAAUUGAUCAAGGAAUCUGUAGACCAUUAAGUUGUUAAGAUCUUUAGGAAGCUGAUUGCUUUUAAAAUUAAGGUUGCGCUUUUCUUGAUGGUCAUUGUGUUGAAGUUGAGAGUUGUAAUUAAAUCAGUGAUCCUUCAAUAUGUAGAAUGGUUGUCAUUGAUAAUAAAUAAUGUAGUUGGGAGGAGUAUAGAAUAUUAGAUGAAACCAAAGUGUGUACUAAUUCUUAAUGUGAAUUGUAUGGACCUGCUUAUACAAUUUGUAAUGGUAAUGAAAUCAAUGGGAAAACAUGUGUUUCAGUUGAUUUGAUUAAAUGUAAAAUGUGUGAAGAAAUUACUGAUAUGUGUAUCUGCAAUAAUUCAAAUAAUGCUUGCACUUUUAUUAAUGGUAAAUGUCAAUCGAUUUCUUGUGCUUCUUUCAAUGAUGAACAAUUAUGUUCGGACUCUAAGAGAUGUUAUUGGAGCCAGUAAGAUAGUGUUUGCAGAAAGAUGUGUGUUCAAAAUAUAAGAUAAGAUUAAUGUGAAGCUUUAAUAUAUGAAUGUCAUUGGAAUCCAUAUAUGAAACUAUGUGAACAAGGAGUUGAAAUCAUUCCUGACAUUAGUAUAGACAUAGAUAUUGAUGAACAAUACGGAUAUUUCAUAUUAUUGAAUCUGAUUAUUAUUUUAUCUAUUUGA